UUCUCUUUCCCCGCGUCCCUUUGACUCAAACAUUCUCCGCUGCCUCCAUCUUGGUUUCUGCUCGAGUCCUGCGGCUCUGCUCCUUCUCUUCCAUAAUCCCUUCUCCCUGCCCAGCUUUCUUCACGAUCGGUCCGUCAACCCGAGGCCGGACCUUCGAGAUACGCGCAUCGAUCUCAAGCGCUAUAGUUGACCAGAACACGACGUCGACGUAGAACCGAAACCCCAUCUCCGGCAGACACUCCAUUGUGCAUACCGCUGCCCAUAGUCUUUGGAAACCUCUCGUGCCUCCUUACUCGCCUCCCUGCGCUGCGCAAACCCGCCAAGCCAUGUCGCUGGCGGUCGCCUUGACGACGCAAUGAUCCCUCAGACUCCCUCCGUCACGGUUCCCGCAGACAGCUCUGCCCAGCAACUUCUACGCCUCGGGAAGCCUUUCGUCGAGUUCCCGAGGUUCAGCAUCCUCGAUCUGCUGAACGAGAAAGACCAUAAAGGCAGUCCUGUACCAUUCUCCGAAUGGCUCACGAAACGGCUACAACUGGGCCAGCCUUUCGUCAUUGCCGAUUUUGAAAAGCUAGAUACAUGGCCGGCUCCGAGCUCUCACGAUGGACAUCAACCUGGAUUUGGUAUCGAGAGGCUGAUCGAGUUGAGUACCAAGAAAAACAUACCAAUCAGGAACUGCAGCACUGGCCGCGACCUGUCGUUUACUCUCAAAAAGUUCGCCGACAGCGCAAGGCAGUCCUUUCCCGAGUUCCAGAAUCUAUAUGCACGAGACCUACAAUGUCCUCCAGAAUGGCUGGAACAGUGUCGCAAGAUUCUACCUACUGAAGUCCAGUGGGGUGGACGUCUGGACCUAUUCCAAUGGUUGCCACAGUGUGCACGAAGCGAGGUCAUGAUGGCCUAUGUUGGCAGUGAAGGGAGCAGUUCCGGGUUCCACCGCUGCUUUUCAAGCACUGUCGCUCUCAACUUGCUGGUCGAGUCGGACGAUCGACCAGUCGUGUGCAUUGGUACAGACUUUGCCUCGCAGAAGAAGUAUGACUCUUUCAUGUCGGCUCGAGGCGUCUCUCCUCAUUUAGACUGGCUCAAUCUGAGGACGGACGAGCUUCUAACUGCUGACUUCCCGCUAUAUGCCUAUGAUCAACGAGUAGGAGACCUCGUUAUCUUCCCACCAGCCACCGCCCAUCAGAUCUGGAAUCCGUCCACGCUUUCGGCCAAACUGGUGUGGAACAUACUGCACCCGUUAUCCCUCGAAGUCGGCUUUCAAUAUGUACAGGCGCCUUUUAAUCGUUUAUGCCACCCCGAUGUAGCUCGGACAAACCUAUCGCUCGCCUGUGCCAUGCUCUCUUUGCUGCAAGACAACCAGCGGAUCACCACAUCGUUACCGCUGCCGCCGGAUUUACCUUUACUCUCCCGCUUAUUCAAGCAAAUGGUUCACGACGAGUCUGUUGAAUCCCGGCUUGUCACUGAUAUCACUUUGGUACCUAUACAACCGGGGACAAUUGCAACGUGCAAUUUUUGCAGUACCGCGAUCUGGAAUCGCCAUGUGCGUUGUACGGUCUGUGCAGAUUUUGACCUUUGCCUGCUUUGCUACUUGAACGGUCGGUCUUGUGAGCAUUCACAAUCCUAUGCAUGGGCGGAACUCGUCCCUCCCGAGCAAUGUACGAGAGUCCUCAAUCGGGCGAGGGAAAUACUUGGCUUUCAGCCCGAAGAGCCACCUCUUCCGGAUCGGUGCAAGACUUUGGGGACCGCCGUUAAUGAUCUUAUGCGGGCGAGAUUGUCAGGAUCCACCAAACUCUGCCAUCUCUGUCGGAUCGACCAUCAGGAAUGGAAAGGUCAUAGGUGCGACAAAUGCAGUGCCUUUUUCUGCUACCGCGGUCUCUUCCGACAUUUUGACCAAUAUCCUGCGGAUGUGCUGCGGCACAAAGGCAUCUGGAUAUGCCCAAAGUGUGGAGAAACCUGCAACUGCCGUUGCUGCCACUUUGUCACAGCAUAUGUGAAGAGUGAGAAACCUGCCAGCAAAAGGAGAGUCAAAGCAGGCGAUGCGAGAGGUAAAGUCAUGGGUUUCGCCGAUAAUGUCUUUGACCAGAAGCGUAAUCGACGGGAAAGCAACGGGAACACCAAUCUUCCUGGCGUUGCUCAGAUCACGGGCAAGAAGCGAACGAUAUCCUCGUCUGGUGAUCCCGGUCCCGCAACUCCUUUGAGGAAGAUUGAACUACCCACGCCCGAACCAGACUUCUCAACACAUUCAAGGCUUUUGUCUAGAGAAGGUUCUGACCUUGUGAUGGAUGCAUUCGGGACUGUCAACGGCAAUCUCCCGACCUUGCUUCCAAGUAUGAAGACUUUCCCAGAUGGACCCGACUUUAUGGUAAGUCCCUCUGAGGAGCGGCAUUCCAGAGUCAGCAGUUCUCCAGGCAUUGCAUCACUUGCAUCAACCGGGAUAGGUGGUGGACGAAUACAGAAUAAUACACUACCGCCGAUACUGGGCCAUACCACACAGAACGGCAUAUUCAUACCGCAGAACAUGCUGAGCACUCCGAGCACGGCUCACACGACGUCACCGACCAAGGCCGAUGUUCUGGCGGCGACGGCGAACAAGGUUCCGACCGCUGCACUCGACGCAUCGAUCGUCGAAUUGGAGACACAGCUUCGAAAUCUCAAGAAGUAUGAAGAGGAGUUUAUUGCGUUGAACCUCGAAGAUAGUCGGAAGAUGCUCGCGACGCACGUUGCUGAGUUGGAGAAUCAGAUCAAGACUAAGCGACGGGAGAAGAGCCUCCUUCUGAUCGAGAGGCUGAAAAGGGAAGGAUUCGGUGGGUUGGCAGCGUCUGUGGGGAAAGAGGUCGGUUUGGGAAUUGAUGCUGUUGCGAAUGGCAAUGCUUGAGGAGUUGAACAUACUUUAUGUGAGGAUGGUACUUGUUGAUGACAUGACGCAUAAUCUUUACGUCGAGCUAGGAUGAGAGUACGGCGUUUUAUACCCUGUACGAAGGACAUAUGGGUUAGGUAUAGUCAAUGCCAAAUGCAGACUUUGGCGGCAUCGGUUUGCUGAUUAUGGCGCAGCAUGAGUAUGGUGCCAAGUAUGGUGUCCGCAUACGUUCCGUAGCUUUCUCGUAUAGGCGGAGGAAAUGUGCCUAGCAAUAUGGCAACCCAGCAGGCGAGGCAGUGUGAUAGUGCUGCGACACUCAAGCGGGUUGCGAUAUCAGUGUACCAAAUGCAUUUCCAUUGCUAGUCCAGUCUCUUUUGGGCGGCCACAAUCGUCCAACCUGGUUGCCCCAGCUGCCAAGCGUUGACAACCAGAAUGGUCUAGCCUCAAGUUCAGCAAAUCCACGUGUUU